GGUGGGUAGCCAGUCUCCCCCCACACGCAGUGCUCGCUGGCAGAGCGGGACAAGGAGGCACCAACGCAGCGGCCCCGUGGCUCCCGCACCGAGAGGCGACUUCCAAAUCCGCCUCGCCGUGACAGCGUCGACGUCGCAGUGAGUGGGUCGAACGCGAGCCGAGCCGCUAGGACGACUGCCCCCUCUUGGAAUCAACCAGAGCCAUAACCUCCACACACCGCCGCCACCACCACGCCCGCAGAACUUUUAUUGGACGUAACUUUUCACCGCCGUCUGGAGGAAGGGGAGGAGGGGGGGCAUCCCAAGCGCGUUCUCGAGAAGGAGAGAGAUUCGAGUCUCCGAGCGCAGAGGCGAGAGAGGAGCUCCACGCUUCCCGUGCCAGGGUGCAAGGGAGAGUGACCAACAAUCAACAGAGAAGCGGAGACACGAUCAAAAUCUCUCGCUGGGUCAGCCACGACCUCCCAUCACACAGAGCUCGUCGCAGCCACGACUCCGGGCCUAACGCUCCUGCCCACGACCCAUGACCCACAACCCUCGCGGAAACCCUCGCCAAUCUCGUCUCGGAGGCCCAUCCUGACACGCACGCGACGUCGCCAAGUGGCCGCGACGUCGCCGCAGCGUCUUCUUGCGCCAGGCUAGGUGCACUUCCGAGGCCACGUGACGCGCGCGCAAAAACGAGGACCGCGCGCGCGCACGUGCGACGAGUGGGAAGGCGGCGAGGAGGUCGGAGGGCGAAGAGCGUCAAGCCUGGGACGGUUGACGUGGAGGAGGUGGAAGAGGAGGUGGAGGAGGAGGUUGUGGGGGCCGCAGGUGCCAUGUGGCAGCUCCAGGGGCCAAGAAGGCUCGCUCUGUGGGUCCUGCUGCUGCUCGUCGCCACGCAGGCCGACGGCGAGGGCCUGGACGGAGUGCUGCGUGGGGGAGCGGUGAGGGCACAGCAGGACGCCCCCACGCCAGCGCCGGACCACGUCCUGGGCUCCCUGUGGUGCCUCUGCUCGCACCAUUGCCCCGAGAGCAACGUCAACGGCACCUGCCGGACCAACGGGCAGUGCUUCACGAUCAUCGAGGAGGAUGAGUCGGGCGACGUGGUGGUGACUUCGGGCUGCGUGCAGAAGGAAGGCUCCGACUUCCAGUGCCGGGACACGAAGAUGGCUCGAGUUCGCCGAGCCAUCGAGUGUUGCUCCGACUACAACUACUGCAACCUGGACCUCGUACCCACGCUGCCACCGCCACCCCCCCAGCCAGUGGGCCUGAGCAUGACUCACAUGGUGAUGCUGUUCACCGUCUGCCUCUGCGUCCUGGGACUACUUUCACUCUUCCUCUUCCUCUACUUCAGGCACAGGAAGCAGACGGAGCUGCGGCCGUACGCGCUCGACCCCGAGCAGCACGAGACGUUCAUCGCACCCGGCGAGACGCUCCGCGACCUCUUCGAUCAGUGCCAGAGCUCGGGCAGCGGCUCGGGGCUCCCACUGCUGGUGCAGCGCACGAUCGCAAAGCAGAUCCAGAUGGUGCGGCAGAUUGGCAAGGGCCGCUACGGCGACGUGUGGAUGGGGCGCUGGCGCGGGGAGAAGGUGGCCGUCAAGGUGUUCUUCACGACCGAGGAGGCCAGCUGGUUCCGCGAGACGGAGAUCUAUCAGACGGUGCUCAUGCGGCACGACAACAUCCUGGGCUUCAUCGCGGCCGACAUCAAGGGCACGGGCUCGUGGACGCAGCUGUUCCUCAUCACCGACUACCACGAGAACGGCUCCCUCUACGACUACCUCAAGUGCACCACGCUGGACCCGCGCGCCGUACUCCGGCUCGCCUACUCGGCGGCCGCCGGCCUGUGCCACCUGCACACAGAGAUCCACGGCACGCAGGGCAAGCCGGCGAUCGCCCACCGAGACCUCAAGAGCAAGAACGUGCUGGUCAAGCGCAACGGCACCUGCUGCAUCGCCGACCUCGGCCUCGCGGUCAAGUUCAACAGCGACACGAACGAGGUGGACAUCCCGCUGAGCGGGCGCGUGGGCACCAAGCGCUACAUGCCGCCCGAGCUCCUGGACGAGACCAUUAACCGCAAGCACUUCCAGUCGUACAUCAUGGCCGACAUGUACAGCUUCGGACUCAUCCUGUGGGAGAUCGCACGCCGGUGCAUCUCGGGGGGCAUCGUGGAGGAGUACCAGGUGCCGUACCACGACACGGUGCCCUCAGACCCCUCGUACGAGGACAUGCGCGAGGUCGUCUGCCUCAAGCGCCUGCGGCCGUCCUUCCCCAACCGGUGGAGCUCCGACGAGUGCCUGCGCUCAAUGGCCAAGCUGAUGUCCGAGUGCUGGGCGCACAACCCGGCGUCGCGUCUCACCGCGCUGCGCGUCAAAAAGACGCUCUACAAAAUGUCCGAGUCGCAGGACAUCAAGAUCUGAACGGAGCCCGGCCGAGGGCGGUGGGACGACGCGGGGGGCACAAAGCCCCCCCCCCCCCCGCGGCCGCUCCCACUGAGACAGACGAGGCCCCGCGGCACCAACGAACGAUUCACAAAGCGAGUGGUGCGCGGCCUCGCAAGUCCGCCGGCGGAACGACGAUGGACGGAAGGAGAAGGGGAGGGGGGUGAGUUCGGUGUUUUUGAACCACGAACCUGGAAAAAAAUAGCAGUCGACCCCCCCCCCCUCCUCUCCCCGACGACCUCGAACGACCCCCCCCAUGAACCUAAUCCCCCUCGUCCCCGGUGACAUCGCGAUCCGGGCCCUGACAAUUGGGCUCCGCCGUUCUUUUGUUUUUGGAGCGGCCCCGCGAAAAGCCAAUGCCGCCGUUCAAGAGGGAUGGGGCAGGUGGGUCGCGGCUUCCAGACGGAGCGAGCCGGCGCUAGCGGCCGUCGUCACGUGCGCCGCGGGUGGCGGGGGAUGUGGGGUAGAACUUUGUGGCUCUGCGCCUGCGGGGGGGCGGGUGCACGGAGGGACGAGCGAUGGUUGGUGGCGAGUGGGAGAGUUCCUGGUGGAUUAAAACUGCGGAAGAGAAGAAGAAGAAAAAGCUCAAACGGGCGGCUGAAGCAGCCCGCUCGGUCUGCCGCGGGAUUUGUUUUCGCGUGAAGUGAGUCCACGCCGAGAAGUUUCCAACACGGACAAAAGACGCACGAUGUUGUACAUCGCCGGGGCCUUUCGCCAACAUUCGCGUGCGCAGAAAUGUUUCGUGUAAAGCGCUUGCGGUGGAUCGCGAGGGUUGUGAAUAUUUCUCGGUUGUGGGUAACGAAAGCUGUUGCAGUAACGGCCCCGUCGCAGGAUCCACCUCCCUGCUUCCCCCUUUGCCCAGCGAUGGCUUCCUUUAGCCAAACUCUUCCAAGCUCUCUCUCUCUCCAUCUCUGACUUUCUCACUGUUAUUCCACGUCAUUUGGUAUACAUCUCAAAAGUCAGUUCGGUUACGGUUAUAGCAAUCUUCCCUUGAUUUUUUUUUUGCCCAAAAAUGUAAUUCCCUUGAAGACUUUUUGACCUCCGUUUUUUUGGUUUUCAAAGCAUAACAUUUACUUGGCCUGUUAUCGUGGCCGAGCCCCCCCCAAAAACAACCUGUCGUGAUGUUACAACUCUACAGUCGGACGUGGGGGUCCGUCUGUGGCCGUGACAACGCGCCAGGACAAUCGUCGAGGGCAAUCGCGGCCGGCACCAGCGACUCGUUUUGCUCCGAGCAACUCUCGUCAACUCGGCGCGACAUUGGCAGUGAGCGACGGACUUUGUGUCCAGCCAGCGGAGAGUCAGAGUUUGUAUAAAAGUGCGUCCUAUGGACAACGAUUGGUCGACACAGCACACAACUUCUUGGGCACUCACGUGACCCUCAGUGUUCCGAUUCAUCCCAGCCACCCAUUCGCGAGUUCAACGAUCAGAUUUGCCCAGAUUUGUGCAACUAAAUAUGUUUAACAAUCAAUAAUAGUUUUAGCAAUUAUUUAGCCCGGCGGUGGCGGCGGCGGCACACGCUCGUCGCCCGGCCCUGUGGAGGCAGGGAGGGUUUGGUGGAUAACGCACCUGUUGCGAGACACCCUUCCCGCGGGCGUCCACCACGCUGCACGCCGUGACUUGCCGGGAGAAGGCGGUGCGGGAGAUGCAGACCCGACCUGUUCCGUCUGUCAGGGGUCGAGGGUUUGCGCUUCGCACACGCGCGAUGUUUUCCCCGGGUGCUCGAGUUUCCUUUCAAAUGCAAACACUCGCUAGUUGGCCAAUAGCACCUUCAUAUGCAGAGGAACGCAGAGCUUUGGCAGGUCGUUGGCGCCGGCUCAACAGGGUGGCUGCCUUCCCGCUCGUCCGCGGGUCCUCCUGGCGCAUAUCGAGUCGUUCCCUCUCGCUACGAGAGCGAGAAAACGCUGCACGGAGCACUACAAUUAGGAAAUGGUUAUUUUUAAAAAAAAUAUAUAUAUAAAUAAAUAAACAAACAAUUUUGUACUUUUUUCCCAAGUUUCCUCGCCGAGUCGGGUUCCAUCUCCACGCUCUUCUCUCCCCCCACCGCCUUUGACCCAUCGUCAUCUCCGGAGUAACACCGCCACCAGCCGCGUCAUCUCCUGCAGUCCUCCCCCCCCCCCCCCCCCCCUUUCUCUUUAGCGUUGCCUUCCCACGUGCGCAUGUUGAACUUCUUUCACACCGUACGUGGCCAACCGUGCUAAUCAGGCCACACGUGCCAACAACCACUCAACCUCUCGUUGAUGCCGACGCUACUUGCUUUGGCCCGUCGUCUCAGCUUGCCAACGACGAUCGCCCCCUGAGCGGGAGCUGCGCUGAUUUGGACCGAGAGCUGUUGUCUCAUAUCCAAGCCCAGACAGAGUCAUUGUUGUUGUGCAGCGAUCACCACCCCCACCACCACAACGAUCACCACCCCCACCACAACGAUCACCACCCCCACCACAACGAAUCCCCCAGUCUCCCAGUCCUCCUCCUCCCUUCCAGGGCAUUGAGGAGCGUCUCUCGUCCACCACACGAAAACAUAAAUUCAACAAGAAGUGUAAAUGUGUUGCUGCGCGAUGGAUCUUGGAGCAUUAAACCCCCCGCUCACC